AUGGGUCGACUCGCAUUCGCAAUCUUCAUUUUCGCUGCGUUAGGACACACGAUGAUGGCACCACGCAAGCUCGGAUUCCGCGUCACAAAACCUUUGGCUAAGUGGGCUAGCAGUGGACAGUCUGUGAGCCCUAAUAUUCUCAAUUUGAAAAAAGGUGGAAGAGCAGCCAAGUCCUCUUCCUAUCUUAAAAGUUUGAGGACAGCAUCUGCUUCAGACCUCAAGAGACCUGCCUACGGAGAAAAACCUGUGGAUAACCUUCUGUCUGCGGAAUAUAUCGCCGAAAUUUCAUGGGAUGGCAUCCCUGUGAAUGUGAUAAUCGACACUGGAUCAAGCGACUCCUGGUUGGUGCAGAACGGAUUCACAUGUGUGGACCAAAACCACCGAGUUCAGACUCCAAGCCAAUGCAUGUUUGGCCCUACAUUUCAGGGCACAUUUGACGACGCAGCUAUCCCGAACCAGCACUUCAAUCUGAUGUAUGCCGAUCUCGAAUUCAUGACAGGUACCAUGGGUUAUGAGACCGUUACUGUUGCUGGAAUUACCGUUGAGCAUCAGGAGGUAGCUCUCGUUAAUUACACCUACUGGUUUGGGGAUUCGGUGACAAGUGGUCUGAUGGGAUUAGCGUAUUCUCGCCUAACUAGCGCUUUUGUUGGAACAAACUCUUCGGUAAAUGAUACUGACAAGCAGGUACCAUACGACCCAAUAAUGACUACCAUGAUCAAGCAAGGCUUGAUUGAACCUGUAUUCAGUCUCGCGUUGCAAAGGGAUUCAGACAAUGGAUACCUGGCUCUUGGUGGUUUACCCUCUGGCAACUACACUGGCCCAUUUGCUACUACACCUAUCCUGAUGAUCGAGCUCUUUGAUGAUCCAAAAAUGGCUACGGAGUAUAGUUUUUACACUAUUAUUGCCGAUGCAUAUAUUUAUACGGGAUCGGAGAAGACAAAACCAGACACCGGACCCUGGGGUCAGCUUUUGAAAAAUAUCACUGUGAACACUAAUCAGUUCCCUGUAAUCGUUGACUCAGGGACUACGUUGAUGUAUCUUCCCAGCGCAAUAUAUCAAGACCUUAUCGCAUUGUACGACCCGCCAGCAGUCUUUUCUGAGGCUUUGUCCUCCGCUGUCACCUCUUGCAAUGCCAGUGUGCCAGAAUUUGGAAUCAGUAUCGGUGGUCAGGUUUUCAAGAUCGGCAAGGCGGAUAUGUUGAUACCAUCCUCCGUCGAUCCAGUUACAGGGCUAUGCGCUACCGGAGUUAUGGAUGGCGGAAUGGGUCCGUAUGUCCUGGGAGAUACAUUCAUGAACAACGUCAUCUCUGUUUUUGACAUCGGUGCAGCAGAAAUGCGUUUUGUUGCAAACAAAUACUGA